CCAUCUUUGGAGGUGUGCUCAUUUAGCAGAGCUCCACCUCUGAGUGAGUCAACCUGCUGCUCUUCUUCCUUAUGACCCUUCAGCAUUUUGACUGCUGCUGCCAUUUUUUCUCUGCCGCCUGUUUCCAUCACACAUCUCAAACAAAAUGGCCUCUGGAGUGCAAGUCUGUGACGAUGUGAAAGACAUCAUCAAAGACAUGAAAGUAGUCAAGACUGAUGCUGACACAAACGACCGUAUUAGACUGGUGCUCCUAGAAAUCAAAGAUGGCAAAAUCGUUAUCGAAAGAACCUACAGGCAGAAGGAUUUGUCAGAUGAGCCGGAUAUCUUCAAGUUCUUCUUGAAACAACUGGAAAACGAUAAAUGCCGCUACCUGCUGUACGACUGCCACUUUGAGACCAAGGAAAGCAAAAAAGAAGAGCUGGUGUUUGUGAUGUGGGCUCCUGAUACUGCACCCAUUAAGGCAAAGAUGCAGAUUGCAAGCUCAAAAGAUGCUCUUAAGAAGAUCUUGACAGGUAUCAAACACGAGAUCCAGAUGAACGACCUUUCGGAUUACGGAACCAGGGAAGGUUUUGCAGACAAAAUGGGAAAGUGUGUUCAAUCAGUUGAAGGCCAUCCUGUCGGAUGUUAGGAAGGCAACCCUCCAAGCCAUAAAGAAUCAACCAUUCCCUGUUUCCAAAUAAAGAAUUUGAGGAUCCUUCCUGGCAGUUUCUAUUUCCUAUUCUUUCCAUCAAACUGCUGAAGUCAAAUCGGAACUAGUAAAACGAACCUGCUGUUUUUGCUCAAGUGUUUUAAGGUUAUUGAUUCUAAUUUAGUGAAUCUGGGUUCCUCUAAUCAACAAUAUGCUCGUGUACAUAUGGUCAGAGUUCUGCAUGUUCAGUUUGUUUAAAGGAAAACACGACUGUUGCUAAACCAUGUGCCAGAAAAUUCCCUAAAAUGUUUACAAGGUCUUGUAUUUUGACCCAAAUCUGUAUUUUCUACACUGUAACGCAUAUGCCUGGAAAAAUUAAAGCAAGAUCUAUCGAU